AUGAAGAGAGAAUCGGCCAAAUUUCGGGAGGAGGUAGAGAAGGAAAGAGAGAUGCUUCAGCUAGCUGAUGUGUUUCGUGAAGAAAGGGUCCAGAUGAAGCUGUCAGAAGCUAAAUUCGAGUUUGAGGAGAAAAAUGCAGCUGUAGACAAGCUGAAGAGUGAACUUGAAGCCUACUUGAAAAAAACCAAAGUAGGUGAAGAAAAAUCUGAUGCCUCUCCUAACUUCAACAGAAUCAAGGAGCUUGAGGAGUAUUUAAGGAAAACCCUGGGUGCUUCAUGUCAAAAGAAGGAGAGGGAACAGGAUGAAGGGGAGGUUAUGAAUGGAGAGGAGAAUGAUGGGGAUGAUUCAGCUGAGAGUGAUCUUCAUUCUAUUGAGUUAAACAUGGAUAACCUUAGCAAAAGCUUCAACUGGAGUUAUGCCUGUGGUGGGGCUAUUCAAAAUGAUUCAAGAAGAAGUUCAGUUGAUGAAAAAAGGGAAGGAAGUCCAACUCAGAGAGGGUUCAGAGAAACAGCAUUUGUUUGGAAAGAAAGACGUCAGAUGGUGUCGAGUGGGAUUUUGUCACUAAAAGCCAAGAAAAUACAGGCACACGAAUAG